AUGACAAAGAAAAAAGGUUCAGCAACGGCUGCGGCGUGCCUGCCGUUGACGGCGGUGGGCUCAAAGGUGGUGGUGGCUGUGUGCGCCAUGCUCUUGACACUGGCCAUUCUGAUAUUUCAUUCUGAUGAGUUCAAGCUUCAGUCCUCCAGCUUCACCUACCGAUUCAGAACUAACGGUUUUGGUGAUAGCCAUGGCUUUCAAUCACCUCCCAAGAUUGCGUUUCUGUUCCUCGCUCGUCGAAACCUUCCUCUUGAUUUCCUCUGGGCCAAUUUCUUCAAGAAUGGAGACGAGGCCAAGUUUUCUAUUUAUAUUCACUCACAGCCAGGCUUCGUGUUCAAUAAAUCAACCACCAAGUCUUCUUUCUUUUAUGGUCGACAAUUGAACAACAGUGUUCAGGUGCUAUGGGGAGAAUCCACCAUGAUAGAAGCAGAACGUCUACUCUUUGGCGCAGCUCUUGACGAUCCAGCAAACCAGAGAUUUGUCCUUCUUUCUGAUAGCUGCAUACCUCUGCAUAACUUCAGCCAUACUUACAGUUAUCUGAUGUCUUCUACGAAAAGCUUUGUCGACAGUUUUUUGAAUGUUAACGAAGGCCGAUAUAAUCCCGAGAUGUCACCAGUAAUACAGGAGGAGAAAUGGCGAAAGGGGUCUCAGUGGAUUGCUUUGGUGAGGAGACAUGCUGAAGUUGUAGUUAACGAUGCCAUUAUUUUUCCUCUCUUUAAGAAAUUCUGUAAGCAAUGGCCGCCCACGGAACUCGCCACCGGGAGGCAAAUACUUGAGGUUGACAAAUUUGACAUUCAACGGAUAAAGUUUCAUCCCAACUGCAUACCAGAUGAGCAUUAUGUGCAGACAUUGCUUUCAAUAAGGGGUCUCGAGAAUGAAGUCGAACGACGAACAUUAACGUACUCUGCAUGGAACAACUCUAUUCCAAAAGGGGACAGAAGAUCCUGGCAUCCGGUUACUCUCCAUUAUUUAGAUGCAACUCCUGAAAAAAUGAAAGAAAUAAAGGAAAUCAACCACAUUGACUAUGAAUCCGAACACCGAACCGAGUGGUGUUCAGUCAACUCAGUGUAUACGCCGUGCUACUUAUUUGCAAGAAAGUUCACUCGCAGGGCAGCUCUGCGUCUCUCGAGCAAUGGCUGAUCGAUCGGACAAUGUAGUUCGUGGAAAGAAUGUGAGAGAAAAAGGGAGGAAACACACAUCAGGUUCCUGAUGUGGUAGCUGAAAAAUGUUGUUGUAGAUGAAUUUAGGACAUCAUUUUUGGUGUGUUAAAUGGGAAAAAUGGGUUCCAAAAUCCCACUGCACUCGAGGGGUUUGUAUGUGAAAGAUGGUGGAAAGAACAAAGAGGGCUUUCGAAUUUUGGA